AUGGUAGAGAUGCUGCCAACUGCCGUUCUGCUGGUCUUGGCGGUGUCUGUGGUGGCCAAUGAUAACAUCACGUGUGAUGGUCCCUGUGGGUUACGAUUCAGGCAGAACCUACAAGGGACCCUCCGCAUCAUCGGAGGGCAGGACGCGGCACUUGGAGCCUGGCCCUGGAUGGUCAGCCUCCAAGUCUUCACUUACCACAACAAGCGGAGGUAUCAUGCCUGCGGAGGCACAUUGCUGAACUCCCACUGGCUGGUGACAGCUGCUCACUGCUUCAGGACCAAAAAAAAAGCGUAUGACUGGAGACUGAUUUUUGGAGCAAGGGAAAUUCAAUAUGGCAGCAAUAAGCCAGUGAAGCCACCUCUGCAGGAGAGACGUGUUGAGAAAAUCAUCAUUCAUGAAAAUUACUCCCCUCGUUCAGAGGCAAACGACAUUGCUCUCUUGAAGAUCACCCCUCCCGUUCCCUGUGGGCACUUCAUUGGACCGGGCUGCCUGCCCCAAUUUAAGGCAGGCCCACCUAGAGUUCCUCAGACCUGCUGGGUGGCUGGCUGGGGAUUCUUAAAAGAGAAUGCCCGCAAGACAUCACCUAUACUGCAGGAGGCGCCUGUGGAGCUCAUCGACCUCGACUUAUGUAACUCGACCCAGUGGUACAAUGGGCGCAUUCGUUCAACCAAUGUGUGUGCAGGGUAUCCUCAAGGCAAGAUUGACACCUGCCAGGGGGACAGCGGCGGGCCUCUCAUGUGCAGAGACAGCAUGGAAAACGCCUAUGUGGUCGUGGGAGUCACGAGCUGGGGGGUAGGCUGUGCCCGUGCUAAGCGCCCUGGAGUCUACACGGCUACCUGGCCCUAUCUGAAUUGGAUUGCUUCCAAGAUCGGUUCUAACGCCUUGCACAUGAUUCAACUGGGCACCCCUCCCCCUCCUACUACUCAAGCACUCCCGGCUAGACUCCCCUCUAUUCAACCUAUUCACCCUCUUUGGUCCUUCCAACGCCCUCCUCAACCACCUCCCCCUGGAUCACCUGCACCCAAACCCCAACCCCCAGCCCCACCUCCACCCCCACACCAAACUUCCACCAAACCUCCUCAAGCACUUUCUUUUGCCAAGCGACUACAGCAACUCAUAGAGGACUUGAAGCGGAAGUCCUUUUCGAAUGCAAAGCGCUAUUAUGAAAUGGAGACCACAGACCUCCCAGAACUGACCGCUGCCUCCUGA